AGUGACACUGACGGGCAAUCGGCCGCGGCCAGAGCGGCAGGCAGCAUCCGGGGGGAACGGGGCCGGCCGGGGGGGCCCCAGGCGGGCUUCCUGGAACCCCAGCUCCGCGGCCGCCUGCACCCUGACACAGGCCGGAUAAGAGCCAGGCUGCUUUAUCGGAGCCCGGCUGGCGGCCGCGCGCCGUCCCCACGGCACCACGAGGAAGAUCGCGGGCAGGGGGUCCUCCGAGGCCAUCUUCCGAGCAGCCAGUCCCUACAGGCUGGUCUCCCGAGCCCCGCAGCCGAUGGGAGCCGACGCUCGCUUCAGCGAUAGAGAAAGCCGUGUUGCUUCCAGGAGGACGGCGUGACACGGCCCUGAAUGUCGAGACCUGCUCGAUGGUGACAGCCAUGUCGGUGAGGGUGCGGUUCCUGUCCUCUGGGGACACAGGGGCUGUGGGGGUCAUGGGCCGGAGCGCCUCCUUUGCCGGCUUCAGCAGUGCCCAGAGCCGAAGGAUCACAAAGUCCGUCCACAGGAACUCAGUGAGGUCUCGAAUGCCUGUGAAAUCCUCCAAGAUGUAUGGCACGCUGCGGAAGGGGUCUGUCUGCUCGGAUCCCAAGCCACAGCAAGUGAAGAAGAUCUUUGAAGCACUGAAGAGAGGCCUCAAGGAGUAUCUGUGCGUCCAGCAGGCCGAGCUGGAUUACCUGUCAGGACGCCACAAGGACACCCGCAGGAAUUCCAGGCUGGCUUUCUAUUAUGACCUGGACAAGAAGCAAACACGCUCUGUGGAAAGGCACAUUCGGAAGAUGGAGUUUCACAUCAGCAAGGUGGACGAGCUCUACGAAGGCUACUGCAUCCAGUGCCGCCUGCGAGACGGCGCCUCCAACAUGCAGCGGGCCUUCUCCCGGUGCCCGCCGAGCCGCGCCUCCCGAGAGAGCCUGCAAGAGCUGGGCCGCAGCCUGCAGGAGUGCACCGAGGACAUGUGGCUCAUCGAGGGGGCCCUGGAGGUUCACUUGGGCGAGUUCCACGUCAGGAUGAAAGGCUUGGUGGGCUACGCACGCCUCUGUCCGGGAGACCAGUAUGAGGUGCUCCUGCGCCUGGGCCGCCAGCGCUGGAAGCUGAGGGGCCGGAUCGAGUCUGACGACAGCCAGACCUGGGACGAGGAGGAGAAGGUCUUCAUCCCCACCUUGCACGAGAACUUGGAGAUCAAGGUGACAGAGCUUCGGGGCCUGAGCUCGCUGGCGGUGGGCACAGUGACCUGCGACAUCACCGACUUCUUCACAACCCGGCCGCAGGUCAUCGUGGUGGACAUCACAGAGCUGGGCACCAUCAAGCUGCAGCUGGAGGUGCUGUGGAACCCGUUUGAUACCGAGAGCUUCCUGGUGUCGCCCAGCCCCACGGGCAAGUUCUCCGUGGGCAGCAGGAAGGGCUUGUACAACUGGACACCCCCGAGCACCCCCAGCUUCCGGGAGAGAUACUACCUGUCUGUCCUGCAGCAGCCGGCACAGCAAGCCUUGCUGCUGGACAGGCCGAGGGCCACCUCCAUCCUCAGCUGCCUGUCCGACGGUGACCUUCGGGGGCCUGGCCUGCGGAGCCGGAGUCAGGAGCUGCCUGAAAUGGACUCCUUUAGCUCCGAGGACCCCCGAGACACUGAGACCAGCACAACAGCAUCCGCCUCGGACGUGGGCUUCCUGCCCUUGGCCAUUGGCCCCAACACCUCCAUUGAAGAGGGGGCCCAGGAGGACCCCCCACCCCUGGGCCUCCUGCCAGAGGUGUUCCACCUGGCAGAAGGCUCAUUUGUGGAGCAGCCUGGGUGGAGAAAUUUGGGAGUAGAAAGCCUCGACCUGCCACGGGGCUCCCCCUUCCGCAACCACGUGAUCCCCGGAGGCCAGGAAGGCCACGAUGAAGCAGAAACCGAGGAUGGAGUGGAUGGGCCCGGGGUGCCCCUCGAGAGGCCCCUGCAGGAUGUCCUGGAUUUACUGAGGUCCACGGACCCUGCCCCGCCCCAGCUCCGGGAGCUGGAGUACCAGGUCCUCAGCUUCAGGGACCGGCUGAAGCCCCGCGGAGCCCGCCGGGAGCACGCGUCCGCCGAGAGCCUGAUGGAGUACAUCCUGGAGAGCUUCUCCUUCCUCAGCGCCCACAUCACCCCGCACGAGCUGGCCCUGUUUGGGGGCUCCCAGGGUCCCCGAAAGGACAAGACUCCACCUCCACCGCCAGCGCUGAAAGCGUCGUCCAGGGAGCUCACAGCUGGUGCCCCAGAGCUGGACGUGCUGCUCACGAUUCACCUCCGAAUCUGCAAAGCGCUGCUGCAGAAACUGGACUCUCCUAACUUGUCGAAGAUGGUCCAGGAGUGUCUCCUGGAAGAAGCUGCACAGCAAAAACAGGUUCUGGAGACGCUUUCUGUGCUUGAUUUUGAGAAGGUCAGCAAGGCGACAUGCGUUGAAGAGAUCAUCCCGCAGGCCACGCGGAGGAAGGGGUGCCUGAAGCUGUGGAGAGGCUGCACGGAGCCCGGCGCGGUCCUGUCCUGCCCUGGCACGGUGCUGCUGGACCAGCUCAAGAAGACGUUCCUGCACAGAGUCAGAGGGAAAUACCCGGGACAACUGGAAAUAGUGUGCCGCAGGCUCCUGGAGCAGGUGGUCAGCUGCGGCGGGCUGCUGCCCGGAGCCGAGCUCCCUGAAGAACAGACCAUCACCUGGUUCCAGUUUCACAGCUACCUGCGGAGGCAGAGUGUCUCCGACCUGGAGAAGCACUUCGCUCAGCUCACCAAGGAAGUAACACUCGUCGAGGAGCUGCAGUGCGUGGGCCAGGCCAAGACAGUCAGGAAGCUGAAGGGGAAGCAGCUGGGCCAGCUCCAGCCCCUGCCCCAGACGUUGAGGGCCUGGGCGCUGCUCCAGCUGGACGGGACCCCACGGGUGUGCAGGGCGGCCAGUGCUCGCUUGGCCAGCGCAGCCAAGAACAAGAGCUUUCGGGAAAAGGCUUUGCUCUUCUACACCAACGCCCUGACCGAGAACGAUGCAAAACUCCAGGAAGCUGCGUGUGUGGCGCUAAAACAUCUCAGGGGCAUCGAAAGCAUUGAUCAGAUUGCCCGCCUGUGCCAGUCUGACGUGGAGGCCGUGCGAGCGGCAGCCCGGGAAACCACGCUGUCAUUUGGUGAAAAAGGACGCUUAGCUUUUGAGAAGAUGGAUAAACUUUGCUCAGAACAAAGAGACGAAGCCUUUGGCCAGGAGGCAGAUGUUGAAAUCACAAUAUUUUAAAAAGCCUCAGCUAAUGAGCCCAAACCCGGCACCUUUGUUUUUGCUGCUGCCCGGCCUCGACACAGGGAGGGCUUCGGGUGGAGGUACACGGUGUGCUCUCCCAAGAGCGUGAACUGGCCAGAGCUGCUCCCGGACUCUGGGCCAGUUACGAAGCCCCAGGGCACAAGUGGGACUUCUGUACAGGAGCAGAACAAGGGGCUGCACGGCACUUAGAGGGCUGCACUUCAGUCAAUCAGCCUUUGGCUUUGAGAAUCGGCCUGACCUUCCCCGGGGGCAGAGCCGGGUCAGUGCCAGCCAGCCACGUCACGAAGGGGCCGAGGCCAGGCAGGCGGAGGCCUGGAAUCAGCAGGUCAGCUGGCUCAGCACUUCUGGUUCACUGAAGACUGGGACUGAGGAGGCGAGCAGACCGAGCGUCCCUGCUGAGGACAGAACUCGGGUCGCUCCCACAGCAUCAGGUGUCACUGUGGGGAGGGCAGAGCCAGGGUUUCGACGGUUCGCCCCCUCAGCCCGAGCUGCAGCCCAAGCGCCACAGGGGAGCCGGCUGGCGGCCUGCUGACCGUGGGCCUUAUUUUCACUGUGGUUCAACAGCACAAAGGAAACAAGAACAUGCCGUCAGCCGAGAAGUCUUGAGUGCCAUUUGCUUUGACCUCACUCAUCAGAAUGGAAUCCAUUUUCUGAAGCAGGUCAACUUAGGGUUUAUUAAAUAAAUUGCUUCAGAAGCCAUAAGCUAGUUUGAAGAAAGAUUUUACUGAACAUCAUGUUUAAAGAAGGAAAAUUAAUUUCCUAUUUAAGUCUAUUAAAAAACCCAGACAUGUCCUGGGCUGUUUCUGGGAUAAGAAUGUAGAGGUACCCUGGGGUCUGGAUGUGGUAUCAACAAUGGCAUUGGAAAGCUCUGUAACUUAAACAUGCUCAUUUACAUUUCCUGUAUAUAUUCUGUGCUUUUUGGUUUAACUCAGUAUUUAUUUGCCUUGUCCAUAUGUUGUUUUCUGAAAUUUCAAUUAAAAUAACUUUUUAUUGGCGUUCCACUCUA